AGCUGAGAGUCUGCGUUGAGGAACUGUUCUAGCGGUUUAUUAUUCUCCUCAGAUUAAAAUCUUGUUUGUAAGGGAUCUGUUUGCCACCUCACGGGCCCAGGUCACGCGGACACGUUAUGGACCGUAAUGACAGAUUGUACUUUUUCGAGGUUUGACCCUACGGACCGACGAGUGGAAACAAACUGGGUCAGAGUGGUUUUGGUACUUAACUAUUUUUUGACCGGUGGAUAAUAUAUCGAGGCCAUGGCGUUGUCUCAGAUCCAGUGUCUGGACAACCACCACGUGAACUGGCGCGUGAGCGAGAGCAAACCGGAGUUUUUCUACAGUGAGGACCAACGGCUGGCGCUCGAGGCUCUAGUCACCGAGGGCCGCGAUGCAUUCACGCAGUACAUCCAGGAGCGUGGCGUCCGGGAUUUCCUCUCGGAACCGGAGCUGGAGCGGAUUGCACAUUCAGUGGAGGACUACCGGCCCGGUUAUGACCAUCAUCAGAAGCCAGAGACCCCAGGGCCGGGGAACCUCACCCCGGGGUCCGGGGAGUUUUGGGGAGACGGUGAGGUGUCGCUCCAGUAUUGGCCAGAUCGCUCAGAAGCCUCAGUGGCGGAGCUGGACCUCGGCUGGCCCGAUGCCAUUUCAUACCGGGGGGUCACGCGCGUGACCGUGUACACCCAACCUCCAACCGAAGGGCACACGCACAUCAAAGAGGUGGUGCGCAAGACCAUUGCAUCAGCGCAGAGGGUGAUAGCCGUGGUGAUGGAUGUGUUUACAGACGUGGAUAUCUUUCGAGACCUGCUGGACGCUGCCUACAAACGCAAAGUCCCUGUAUACAUAAUCAUUGACACGGCUGCAGUCCCCUGCUUUCUUUCCAUGUGUGGCAGAGCUGAUAUGCACCGUGGACACCUAAAGAAUCUGCGUGUCCGCUGCUGUGGAGGUGUGGAGUUCUUCACACGGUCAGCACAGAAGCUGCGUGGAGCACUGAGUCAGAAGUUCCUCCUGGUAGAUGGAGACAAAGCUAUCUCUGGUUCAUAUAGCUUCACCUGGACCUCAUCUCGUUUGGACCGUAACCUCAUCACUGUGAUCUCAGGACAGGCAGUGGAGACUUUCGACCUUCAGUUUCAUGAUCUUUACCUCGGCUCCAGAGGUGUGUCUCUCAACCACGUCCCCAUGGUAGAUGAACCAAUCCCUGACCCGAUCCCUCACGUGGCUCCUGCUCCGGUGUCAGCUGCUGUUGCUAGAAAGCUCAUCAAUCCCAAAUAUGCCCUUGUUACCGCGGGAACCCACACAAGUCCGACUCCUUCCGACCAGAAUUCAAGCAACAAGAAUCCCACUCAGCUAAAGAUUACGAAAGAACGUCUUAAGCAUGUCAUUGAAGAGCCACCCUUACAUCCAGGAUUAGCCCAUCUGGAGAAAGUGUACCUGGUCAAGUACCUGCCCACCUGGCCAGAGCCAGACCCACCAAGUGAUGUGAUCGGCUUCAUCAACAUCAGGGAUGAAAAGCGAGCUAAUCAGGUUCACUUACAGAGGUCAGAGAGGUUUGAGACCAGCCAGGCUAUACGCUUUAGCGCACCACUAACGCUAGUUCAACCACCGACUGAGGAACCUGCGUCAGUUCUGGUCGCAAACGCUGCAGGAGCAGCAGAAAAUCUCUCUGGGAAUACAACAGCAGAGGCCUCUACUCCUGUGAGUCCAACCAACCAACAGCUCGAAAAGCCAAUGCACACAGCUCCGAAUAAAGACCAAACUGAUGCAACUGAUUCCAGGGAGCCUUCUCAGCAGCCCAACACACCUUUAACACAGGACGCACACAAACCGAAUGCACCAUCCCCAUCCAAUGUUACUGCUGAUUCACAACCAACAGACCAUGCUGAACAAACUCCAGACAUUCAAACUGCAGCACCUCCUGUUCCUAAACGCCGCACCGUGCAGCUAGUCAUUGACCCCGCCCCCUCAGAGCAGUCUGGCCAUCCACAGGUCAUUUUGAUCAAAAUGGACCAAUUGGAAAGUCUGGAUGGCUUCAACAAAAAGGGAACCCGGGAGGAUCUGCCAUUAGGCCGUGGCCGCAUAACAUCAAAGGCUGAAAGCAGCGACUCCGUCAGCACCGGCGAGGGCAGCCAAGACAGCACAAAGGUCAUGUGUGACAGAGCAGCCAAUGAUGGUCCUUCAAGCACCUCCACAGCAUCAGAAGAGGAGUUUUAUGAAUGUCCCCAGCCAGGGCCAAGUGACGCAUUGACCAACGGAGUGACAACAGGGUCAGGGCGUGGGCAUCGCCAAGGGGACGGAUUCAACAUGAUGGCACGCCUCUCCCAGAGCAUGCUGGAUCUGCGGGAGCCCAGCCAGACAGACGACAGCAAUGCCCUCAUCCGCGAAUCACAGCAGCUCCGCAGACAAGGACACGCAUCACCGCAUAGGCACAUAGGACAGUUGUUCCAGACCUCAAAAUCUCAAGGUCUUGAUGCCCGACAAAGAGGACCUAAAGUAAUUAUUGCCAAACCAGGAAGUUUCCACCGCCCCACCCGAGCAGCUGUCCCUGUGAUUGGAGGACACCGCUACUGGCAGGGUCAAAUGCUGCAGCCUAACUCGCGUGUAGAAACACGUUCCGGCCGGUCGCCACGACGCCAUAGCCCAAAUUACCGGAAAACUGAUCAGGCCACGCCACAGCAGCCAGCCAACCCAACAGGGUUACUAGGAAUAUCUUUCUCAAAACUGAGCAAUUUUAGACACUUAAGGCCACGAGUUGGAGUCCCGCAGAAGAAAGCGUCUCAAAAUAACAAAGCCGACCGGUAGAACUUUGGGCCAGCACAGCUACCCAAGCAUGAUUGUUGACACAGACAUCCUGCUAAGAAAGUGGUGACUCUUCGGUGUGGAAUCUUCUCUAUCUCUGGCAUGCGUGUCAUUUCCUAUCUUUGAACCCUUAGGCUCAACAGAUAUAUUUAAUUGGGAUUUUUUGACUACGUCAACAAGAGUUGGCAGUUUGAUCUGAUGAUUUGUUUUAAGAGGUAGUGUCUGUAAAUCACAUCAACUUCAAAACCAAUGCUUCAUGGUGAUAAGUGUCUGACUGUAGGGUUUUUAGUAGUGUCCAGGAGGGGUAAUGAAUUUAAGAGGCUGUGACUGAUACCUGGGAGGAAAUAAACCCACACAUUUUUUAGCAUGAAUCUUUCCAAGAGUUGUGCUAAGAGUUCCACCAGAGGUAGGGUAUUUUAUGGAUGAUAACCAGUCAGCUGUGGGUCAGUCAGUCUGCCUUACCAACUCAAGCCCUUCAGUCAUGUUAACAAUCCUAUGAACAAAUAUUGUUAAUUACCCCAACUGCUUUUCACUAUAAAAUGAAUUUUUCCAUAUCCAUCUACUUAGAUGCGGUGUGUCUGUGACAUGCAAGAUCAGAUGAUUAUGUCUCGCCUCUGAUAUUACAGUCAGGCUCUCGUGUUGAUACUGUACCACUGUGAUUGGUUACUGUUGGUGUUAGGGUAGGGCUUUGGUGUUGAUUGGUACAAAUCCAAUUUUAAACACUGAUGUGGGACCAAAAGUAAAUGUUGUAAAUAAAA